AUGAAAGAAGUGGAAAAUAACAAAAUAUUCUGGCGAAUUCUCAACGACGAAAUCGAAGUGGUUCUACGGUAUCCCGGCGAGUCAUGGGCGGCUAUUGGAUGGAAGCCACAGGAUGCACAAUGUUCUCAAAUUGCCGACCAAUUUAAGCAACCGUCAACUACAGUAUCGACAAGUACCCAUACCCUGCACAAGGUCGAGAUAAAGCCACCCGAAGCGCGUCCCGUAACGACGACUACUGGGACUACGACUCGAAUCACGACCAGGCCGUCUACCUCCACCACCUCCACUACCUCCUUCAGGACCACCAUCACUACCACCACUGCCAUUUCAUCUAAUGAGACGAGCAGCGAAGACUGCGGCCCAAAUGAGCAAUGGUCAUCAUGUCCCGAAAUGUCACGGGAUUGCGAACCUUCGUGUGAUUGGACACGAUUCCCGGAGACCAUUCCAAAUUGUCCACGAUCGUGUGGGAGUGCCCGAUGUGUCUGCAAGGAAGGCUUUGUGCGAAUGACUAACGACGAGGAGGCUUGCGUACCAUUUGAUUUCUGCGACAAGGAGGCCGAGCCGUCGUGCCCCACAAAUUCGACGUGGGCAAAAUGUGGAACGGCAUGUGAGCCCAGCUGCGCAAACAUGUACGAUACGGCUCCUUGCCCAGCAACGUGUGAAAAAUCUGCAUGCACAUGUGCCGACAACUACGUGCGUUAUGAAGGGGCGUGCAUCUAUUGGGGAGAUUGCCCUGACGGAUAUUUCAAGAUAGAAUGGGGUAUUGGACGAUCUCAUGAGUGGGCAAGAAUGGGGUACUGGGCGAUCCCAUGA